AGUAGGUUUUCGACGUCUAUACGCGUUUACUCCAAGAUAGCCAGACAAGUUGAGAGAAUGGCAGAGUUUUUCAAUUUUAUAUUCCAGUAGAGUUGUGAGUGAUAAAGACGUGCCAUGGAGAGGAAGGGGUCGCGAGGAGCGAAGCCGAAGAUCGUUCCUCUGCCGGGGAACCUGUUCACCCUCGGGACCAAAUCAGGAAGAGCUGAUGCCCAGAUUGACAAAACUUCAUCCCAUGGUUCGUCUUUCGCCCAAAGUAAAUCGACAAGUGGGUCAAGUGACCGUGGUCGAGAUGGAGGUGCAGGUUCUUCAAGUUCACUGGCCAAAAAAUCUAAGCCUGGAUUUAGCAGCAGCGGAUCCAGUGUUCGUUCAGGAAUUCCAAAGCAAAGUACCGGUGACAUGGUCAACCUGCUCAGUGAAGAAUGGGAAAAUGUGGCAGCCGAGGUUGACCCCAAUGACUUGAUACCCUUUAUUGAAGCUGGGGAAGAAUAUGGUGACAACUCGGAGACAUAUUUGUGUGGUGCAGUCAAGACUCUUAGAUCACAGAGGACUAAGCCUGACAACUUAUUGUGCUUUUCUCUCAUGUACUUGGCCAAAGUAAAGCCACACCUCUUCAGUCGUUCAGAAAUGGUCACUGAAGCUUUUAGUUCCCUCCUGAAGAGAGAUCAUUCAAUGACCUACAAGGGCAAAGGGAAUGCAGCUGUCUCUGUCCUAGCUGCUAAUAUCUUGCUGGCUGCAUACCAAGAUGAAAAGUCCUGGCCUGAUAUAUUUGUGCGUGUGUACAUUGAGGACUCCUUGGGAGAACGCAUAUGGGUUGAUCAUGAAGACUGUAAGGGCUUUGUGGAUAACAUAGCCACAGCUUUCAGAACAAAGAUGCCUCCAAAAAGUCUCCUGUACCCUGACCUUGGCAUGGGCAGCAGGCAGGACUGUCCCUCACCUCCUGUAUCCGGGGGAUCAGGAGGUGCUGACUCAGGUGAUGGAGACUCAGAACUUUCUCUGGAAUGUAAGGAAAGCCUAGAUGUUAAUGUCACUAAUCGCUAUGCAGGCAUAAUGUCAGAAGUAGAGGAAAUGGUUAUGGAGGCAGUGCAGCAUCAGUUGGGUGUUCGGCACCAAAACCCAGAUGCUGUUGCACGGAAUUCUAUCAGGUUUUUAUCAUCUGUGUGUGGUAUUUUAGAGGUUAGAAGACAAGUUGCACAAAGGCUAGAGAUGUGGUUACAAAGCCCCAAAUUACAGAGACCAGCUACAGAACUCCUAAUGUCCCUGUGUUUAAACUGUAACACACAUUCCCAGUUGGAUAUAGAGUGUAUAAGCCACAUAAUAAGGAUCAGGUUGAAGCACAAGCCCCUCAUAAACCAAUACAUGUCUUGUCUGCGAGAGCUUCUUGCAGCUCAUCCAGACAACAUUCCUUCAGUGAUGAAACACACAUUGUACAAUGAGUUAUCACAGGCAAGAAAUCCAAGUAAUAUGUCCAUACUCUCAGUUAUCUUCCAAUUUGCUCCUGAACAUGCAGCAAUCAUUUUAGCAGAAGAAUUCCAAGAACUCUUAUGUAAUAGGGAAGAUUUUUUGCGUGCUUUGAGAGCACUAUUACGAGAGAUAGUCAGGGCUCUGAGACAUGAUAUGCAAUUUCAGAAGUUCUGUCAGGGACUCAUGAAAGAACGCAAGGAUCCAGCAUUUCGUGACACUUUUGAAUUCAAAGAAAGGAUGUUUCAUAGUACAACAGAUCUGAUUGUUCUCACCAUUUUUGUAGCCAUUUCUCCUCAAGUUCGAGAGAGUGCCACACAGAUGUACCGUGGUGAGCACAGAGAUCCUGAUAUUGUGAGACGAUACCAGGAAAUGGUGGCCUCCAUCCAGCGUGAUGCCAUCCACUGGAUGUAUCGGGUUGUUCCAAAGUGCUAUAACCCAAGCAAAGAAGAGUAUACAAGGUGCUUACACAAAUUGCUGAUGUUUGAACAGGCAGAAGUUUAUUUCAUAAAAGACAACUGGCCUACUGAAAAUGACCGUCCACUGUAUUUUCGCUUAACUUCAGAUAUUCCAGUGAAACAAGAAACUUUGACAAGGUUGCUGAUGAUUGCAGUCAUGAAAGAUCAGUGGAUCAAAUCACAGGAUCUGAUAGAAUUAGUUGACAAGUUAAUCAAAAGAGCUGCAUCCCUUUCCAGUGAUGAUAUGGAAGUUUUGAGAAUUGAUGAUACAAAGGUGAUAGAGCUAAUCUUCAAUCUUUGCCCUUACAUCCCUCCAGAGAAUUCUCCUCUACCCCAGGGCUAUAGACCUCCAAAGACAGCAAUUGCAAAUUUGUACUGGAAAUCAUGGAUGAUGCUCUUACUUAUAACUGCCCACAAUCCCACUGUGUUUGGGCUUCUUGCUUGGGAAUCAUACCCAACACUGCGUACACUGAUGGAAAUGUGCAUAACAAACUCUUUCGUUUUCCCACCUCCGACACUAGCAGCAGGGGAGAAAGGAGAAGAAAUGACCAGUCAAGAAUUACAUCUGUGUGCCCUUGAAAGACAACAAAUCCUUGACUUUGAGUCUCACUUGGCACAGAAAACCAUCACAGAACAAAACAGUUUGCUUUUAAGUCAACUAAUAACCAUGGAUCCUACAGGACCUGCAAGAAAACCCCCUCCUAUUGUCUUGGAUCAACUGAAGGCACUUAACGCUUCACACAAGAUUGGACACCUCUUGUGCCGAAGCCGCAAUCCAGACUUUUUGGUUGACAUAAUUCAGCGUCAGGGUGCUUCUCAAAGCAUGCCAUGGUUGGCAGAGUUGGUCCAAAGUAGUGAGGGAGCUUUCUCUGUACUUCCUGUCCAGUGUCUGUGUGAGUUCCUCCUCAGUGAGACUGGAACAGGGAGUGGAGGGGGAGAUGGAGCAGCAAGACAUCACCAGUUGUUACAACAUUUGCGGUCACUGUUACGGGCUCCACGCCAGGAAGACGGAGUGAGUGUUGAGAUUCUAGACUACUUUCUACGACGCCUUAGUUCUCAGCAGGCCACAGCCCGCAUGCAGGCAGUGCGAGGGCUCCAGCUGGUUGUGGCUCCACUGGGAGACCCAAUGGAGGUAGAUGGGGAGUCUCAUACUCCACAUGCUUGGCUUAACCAACAUUUGCCAAAUCUUCCUGGGUUUGACCUGGUUCAAAGUGUGGCAAGUCAAGCUCUCCGUGCAGCUUGUCAGAUUGAAACAGACCCACAUGCAGUGAGUGCAUACAUACGGUUCCUGGCAGUGCACACAAGAGAUGAUCCUCUCCAAGACCAGGCAGAGUUGGUACAGGAUAUGGCACAGUUAAUUGUUGAGCGUUGUACAAUGAUUUCAGCCAUUUUGCCUGUGCCUGAGAGGCCUAACCAACCCUUCCAGCAUGCUCACAAUACUCUCAAAGCCCUUUUAAUUAUAUUUAUCAAUUAUAUGAGAGGUGUGCGGCUACCUCCAAGAGAGUCUUUCACAUGGUCAGAAAGUCAGGAUCAGGUGCGCGUUCAGUGGGCGUCUGGGGAACAAGCUGUUAUGCACAUACUUGUUGUUCAUGCCAUGGUCAUCCUUCUCACUCAUGGACCUGACAACAGUCCUGACCUUUUCCACGAGUUGCUGACAACAUGGUUCCCAGAGCAAGAGGAAAUGCCUCAAGCUUUCCUGGUAGAUACAUCAGAAGAGGCUUUAUUACUACCAGACUGGCUGAAGCUGAAAAUGAUAAGGUCAACUGUUCCACAGCUUGUUGAUGCAGCUCUGAAGGAUUUGGAGCCAUCUCAGUUAGUGCUAUUUAUUCAGUCAUUUGGAAUACCUGUUGCCAGCAUGACCAAACUACUUUGUGCCUUGGAUGUUGCUGUGAAUACUAAUGAGGAAGCUGUGGCAGCUGCUGUCUUGGAUAAGAGCCAUAAAACCUACAUGGCACAACUUGUUGAGGUUCAACACCAGAGAGGAGCAAGAGGGGGCCAUGCAUUUGCUGCUACUCUUGGGGAACGUGAUGACAUGGACGUUGUUGGCGAAAGACCCCCACCUGUACGACCUCUGGUGACUGCUCUUAAUGUCUCACAGCCAUUGCAUACAGAAUUAAGCAAAAAUGAGGUGCAGUCAUUCGUGCUACAGUGUUUCACCAAUGACCUUCUUCACAGAGAACACAAAAAACAGGUUCAAGAUACAAUGAGGGUACUGCAAAGACACUUCAGCCGUGAGAUAAGCCGGCAAGAUCCUGAAGGACCUUAUAUCAAUGAGUUCCUGAACAGUCUUACAGCUAUUGUACAGUCUCCGAAGCAUGCACCUAGUUUUGUUGCUGGAUUACAUGAUCACUACAUCCAUUCAGCAUCCUUAUUCCGUAUGUUACGCAAUCUGCACAACAAGAAAGGUUGCGAGAAGUUGUAUGCUCUCACAGGCCAGUUAGUUGCCUUUAUCCUUCAGAUGGCUCCAGAAAGGAAGUCUCCCUUAACCAACGUUCUUAACACCUUUAACACUGAAGAAUUACCGGGCAAGAAGAUUAAGAAAAAGGAGCCAGAAGUUGAGGUUGAUGUAUCUUCUACUCAAGCUGUUCUGAUGCACCUAGCUGGUAUAGAACCAAGCCAACUGGAAAAGGAAAUAUGCCGUGUCGUUGGUUGUGCCAUGAAAGGAGGGAAAAUGGCACCUGUAGUGGGAGCCAUGUCACAGCUUUUACUGUCAGGAAUGACAGUAAAGCAGGGCACAGAGGUUCAAGGAGGGCCAAGUGCACCUACUGCUUUACUGCUAGACUGGCUUCAAGUUCUUGACCCGGAGCUUGAAAAGGGGUCUGAUCAACUCCAACAAAUUCUCCUUUUCAAAAAGCGUCCUGGUAAUGAUCACAAAGAAGGAGGAUACAGCCAAGCUUAUCUCCUGGCUGCAUUUACGCACCAAGCAAGAUGGGACACUCUGGAACACUGUGUUCGUGCUCUUUUGCGUGUUCACAAUCCUGUUCUAGAUCCUGCGGCUGUGCUAAGUUUUGUUUGGGCUGUACUGCAUGUACCCAAGCUGUGGCAAGGUAGGGAACGCAGAACACCACGACAUGCCCCUCAAGAAACACUUUUAUCUUUCAGUACAUCAGAAGUGGUACACAUAGCUCAGUAUAUGAUCACAGAAUGUCAAAGUUCUUUGGAUGGAGGACGUGGCACAUUACCUCUUGAGACACAUCUGCCUUUACUUCUGCAUAGUAUAGAUAAUUCAGUGUCUGCCAUUCAGGCCUUGGCUGAACACUUGGCUGAGAUAUCCCAGGGUACUGGUCCAUGUCAGCAGGCAGCAGGGCACUUAUUAUAUCACCUAUAUCUCAGAUUGCCAAAGAUUAUUUCUUACAUUCCAGCAGGAACAAUGACAAAAAUUGUGUCUGCUGGGGCAUCUUGUGGCAGAGCUCAAGAAAGUGGAGCAGAUGUGGCUCUGCAUACACUUCUUACUAUGUUAGCUGCACCACAUCCAGGUAGAGAUUUUCGCAGGCGUAUGUCUGAUCUUGAAGCAGCUGUGCGCAAACAAGCAGCAGCACAUCCUUUAAUUGUUCUUCGGCAUUUGCCUCUAUUAGCUGCGUCACUCAAAGGGACAAAUCAUCUCCAGCUAACAGCAUUAAGAGCAAGCAACUACCUUGAACUAUUCUCUAUGGUCUUGGGUGUUUUAGAACUUUUACAACCUCUUCUGUUUGCCCCACAGCAUCAUGAUGCUCUCAUUCCCACAUUGGACAGUUUCAUGGCCUUAUUUAAAGCUCAUGGUAGAAUGCAUGAGCUAGAACACUUGCUAGUUCGUUUUUCACACCUCUUAAUGGAAUGGGUUGGGUGUCAGGGAGGACCUGCAGGAACCUACUUGUGUACACAUUCUAAUCUACUUGCAACACUCCAAAUGCAUAAUCCAGACAUUGCUGCUGUUCGAUCAUUAGCUGCUAUAGCUGCAGCACGUGGCAUGGAUCAGCCAAAAGAGUCAUCCAUGACGCAGCAGUCGGGUGUUGAAUUUGGUCACACUUCAGGAGGGUCACAGGGUCCCUUGCCUCCACCUUGGGUCAUGGGUCAAGUUGGAGAUUUACAAAGUCGACUUGAGUCUUCAACUUUACCUGAGGAACAACUUGACAUUCUGAAGAAAGUCAGUGAUCUGCCUGAUCGUUGGGUCAAUGCUGCUCUCCCUUCAUUCACGCAUACAUUUUGUGAGGGCAUUGUAAGCACACACAAAGAAGUCAGGCUAUUUUGCUGGGAUUUACUUUCUCGAUUAUUACACCAGCGACCAGCUCUUGGGGGGCGAGUUGGGCAAGCAGUUUUGGCUGCUUUAAAAUGUGAAGACUCUGCGGUAGUGGAAACUGCCCUAGAACAUUUGCCAGAAGUGAUCCUCCUUCUCCAUAAUCAAGCACCAGAUCUCCUAAGUGCAGCAUUUAUAUCUACACUUACAGCAUCAUCUAAUAUCACAGCUUCACUUAGUGAGGCUCUGACACUGCUGCAUCUUCACACAGGGUCCUAAUGAAUGCAGUUUCUUGCCAGUUGUUUUCAUAUAAUAAAUAUUUUCAGUGUU